CAGUAUGACUGCUUCAAUACCCACAUUUUUGUUAAAUACUGGAGAUCGACUUCCAGUGAUUGGGUAUGGAACCUUUGGUGGUAAAAAUUCUUCCGAAGCCAUGUACGAAGCCGCUAAAGAAGCCUUAAAGGUUGGCUAUCGUUUUUUCGACACCGCCUACAGUUAUACGACUGAAGAGGCUCUUGGAAAAGCUAUUAGGGAAAGUGACGUGUCACGUAAAGAGUUAUUUGUGAAUACCAAGCUUUCCCAAACUUUCCACGAGCCAAAAUAUGUGCGUCCUGCCUGUGAACGAUCUCUUUCUUUAUUGGGCCUUGAUUAUUUGGAUAUGUAUAUGGUGCACUGGCCUCUGGCAUGGAAGUUUUCUGGCUUUGAAUUCGAGAACUUACGCAAAAAAGAUGAGGAAGGAGAUAUAAAAUGUAUUGAUGUACCAUUGAUCGAUACCUGGCGAGGCAUGGAACAGCUCGUCAAAGAUGGUCUUGUAAAAAAUCUUGGAAUAUCCAAUUUUACACUACCCAUGAUUAAAGAGCUCUUAACUCAGUGCAACAUCCCACCAGCUGUUCAUCAAAUUGAAAUCCAUCCUAAUCUACUUCAGGAAGAUAUGCUUGCUUUUUGUAAAGAGAACAACAUCCUCUGCAUAGCAUCUACACCUUUGGGUAACCCUGGAUUGUUUGGUGCUGGAAAAAUUAACCCGUUGGCAGAGCCAGAAGUUCUUCAGGUAGCAAAGAAGUAUGGUAAAACAUCUGCCCAAGUCGUUCUUAAUUGGGGAAUCUCUCGUGGCUGUAGUGUUAUCCCAAAAUCAGCAACACCAAAGCGCAUUAAAGAAAACUUUGUCGUGUUUCCGAUUGAUUCUAAAGACGUAGACUUGAUCUCUAAAAUUGGACAUAGAAAUACUAUUCGUGUUUGUGACCCUUUUGAUGCGUUUGGCCCCUCCAACGACGUGUUCGGGGAACACAAGGAAGAAGUAGCCAAAUGGCUUUCAUUGCGGAAGUCUGUCAACAAUUUGAAGAGCAAUAUAUAAACAAAAAUUAGACAUUGGUUUUUAUUAUUUUUUUGGCUUAAGUAGAUUUUGUCAAAUAUAAUUACACAACUUUCUUUUUAUUACAGUCAAUAAAGCACAAUAUAUAAAGGGUUACGACUAUA